GAGAAAUGAAGAUGUAUCUAUGGCAACAGAGUGUAGCGUCACAUGACUUUCCCUCGCUUUGUUAUCGUCGUGGGCCGUUUCUUUCGCAUAUUUUCGAACUAAUUUUCAAAACGUUCAAUGGCGGGUAGCUUCAAACCUUCGCAACAUUUGUUGUUGUGUUAAAAGAACUCGUGAUCGUACUCGGCAAGCUAGUUUCAUGUGAAUAUUUGAUGACUAAGUUUCGGAAGAAAACCUUUCACAAUUGUACAUAAAGUUGUCUUUAACUUCUGUGAGUUUUGACGAAAGGGCGCAGAUCAUUAAAUACACAGAAUGUCAGUUGUUAAUAUCGUGGACAAGAAAGUGGAGUAAUUUUUGAAUCCAUAAAGAUUCCAGGGGAGUUAAAUCCUUUUUAUGUGGUAGAGAAUGCCUUUUGAAAUAGUAUUGAUGUUGAGACAGUUGUUUUAACUUGGCACAAUAAUGGCUGAGUCAAAAGAAGAACGGACUCAGCCUGUGCCUAAUACCCAAGUAUCAGGCCAGCAGCCAUCUGCAGCACCUUUAAGGAAAUUAAGUGUUGACCUAAUAAAGACCUACAAGCACAUUAAUGAGGUAUAUUAUGCAAAUAAGAAAAGGAAAAAAGCAAAUGAACAAGGUGGUCACACAAAUAAGAAGAGGGUAUACAACAAUGGUCAUGAUGAUGAAAACUAUGAUUACAUUAUAAGAGCAGGAGAUAUGCUUUCAGAUCGAUAUAGGAUAGAUUCGUUGAUUGGUAAAGGAUCUUUUGGCCAGGUUUGCAAAGCAUUUGAUCUUCAAGAAAAAGAAUAUGUUGCUAUCAAAAUUAUAAAAAACAAGAAAGCUUUCUUGGAUCAAGCUCAGAUUGAGGUCAGACUUUUGGAGAUGAUGAACCAAAGUGAUCCUGAUGGAAAAUACUAUAUUGUGCGCUUGAAGAGAAAUUUCAUGUACCGUAGCCAUCUCUGCCUUGUAUUUGAAUUGUUGUCUUAUAAUCUCUACGACCUUCUUCGAAAUACUAAUUUCCGCGGAGUUUCGCUGAACUUGACAAGAAAAUUUGCACAACAAAUGUGCACGUCACUUUUGUUUCUAUCUCAACCUAAUCUUGGUAUAAUUCAUUGCGACCUCAAACCAGAGAACAUUUUGCUUUGUAACCCCAAGAAAAGUGGUAUUAAGAUCGUGGACUUUGGAAGCUCCUGUCAAAUCGGUCAGCGGAUCUAUCAUUACAUCCAAAGUCGUUUUUACCGUUCACCUGAGGUGCUUCUUGGUAUUCCGUAUGAUAUGGCUAUUGACAUGUGGAGCUUAGGUUGUAUCUUAGUAGAAAUGCAUACUGGUGAGCCACUUUUCAGUGGUGCAAACGAAUUUGAUCAGAUGCAAAAAAUAGUUGAAGUUUUGGGAAUACCUCCUCGACAUAUCUUGAAUAGUGCACCAAAAGCCGUAGCAUAUUUUGAUCGUCAUUCUGAUGGAAGUUAUGUGCCAAAAAAAUCUAGUAAAGACGGCAAAGUAAAGAAGGAAUACGUUGCUCCUGGUUCACGAAGUCUUCACAAUGUGCUGGGAUGUGACUCCGGUGGUCCGGGAGGCCGUCGUGCUGGAGAUCCAGGCCAUACAUUUGAAGAUUAUAUAAAAUUUAGAGACUUAAUACUGCAGAUGUUGGAGUACGACCCAAAAAUGCGCGUGAAACCGCACGUAGCAUUACAACACUCCUUCUUCAAAAGGACUUUCGAUGAGACGACGAACACGUCGUUCAGCACAAGUGGGUCAAAAAUUUCCAGUUCAUAUGGUGAAGCUACUCCCACUUCAGGAGUAUAUACAAACGAAACAACCACGAGUGAAGAACCUAGCCGAGGUUCUGCCAUGGACUGCGAUAGUCCAUCGACAAGAACCAAUGCAGCCUGGAAUAAUAGUAUUUUAAGUUCACAAACAAUGGAUACUCCGAGUACGGGAAACACAGUUAGAACUACAAGCUCCACUCGAAAUAAUGAUCUCUCUACAUCAUCAAAGGGUGGUCGUCAAACGCGAAGUAAAACUAAACAUAACCCGAAGUACGUCAAUCAAAACACGUCAAGCUUAACAAUGUCUAUUGAUCAAGGAAUUGUUGAGCAAACCUCAACAAAGCAAGAAGCUUCAACUUUGCAUUCAAGCAGAAUGGCAAAUUUAAACGAAACUGUUACGAUACAUAAGAGUACACGACGGAAACAUGAUGUUUCUGCGAGUGAAUCUCCUAUGGUUGAUAUGUGUGUACAACCUAGUACUGUUGCUAGUACUUAAAUUAGUACUGUUGCUAUUCAUAAUAGGUGUUCGAGGAAAAUACGUCGAUCUUUCUUCUCGUAAUGGGCCAUCAGGGGAAACGACCGUCUUGCACGUUAUGCAUACUUACGAUUUUGGAUUGAAGCAACGAACAUGUCAUUCACGUCUUCAUCUUUGUAUAUAAAGUCGAAAAAAGAUCCUUUGAUUCUACUUCAAGCCAAAUGCAUUUUGGCCAUUUCAAGUCCACAUGAUAAAGAAAGCACACCUUGUAUAAUUGGUAUUGGACCCUGCAUGAAAGAUGUAAAAGAGGACUGAACGAGUAUUGAUUAAAAAGAAAAGGUAUACACGAGGGAGAAAAACAUUGUGUGUUUCCUACAUGCUACAUGCUCCAAUCAUGAGCUGAAAUCGCAACAUUAGCACACAUAGAAUCACUACAGAGCGGGAUGGUUAAGUUAACGUUGGAAAAGAGAUGUAGACGUGCGGAUGACCAAAUUAUUGUUUCACAGGGGUUUUCAAUCGUAGCCAUGAUGACGAUGAUUCUAAUGGGCAUUGGUUGAUUAUCAUUUUGAUACAACCAAAAGAUUUUUUAACUGUAUUGUAUAGGCUAACGUAUCUUAUUUGGUUUUUAACUAGUUGAAAUUUAUUUAUUUUCAGGCAGAAUUUACUAAGUAUUAAUGCACGUUUGUAAGAAUAUUACUUUGUUAGACGCAGUUUACUAAUCUAUUUGACAGUUUUACAGAAGGCAUGUUUUCUUUUCUGUACUGGAAGACUAAUGCGUUUAUUGCUCCGACUUUUUGAAUGAAGCAUGUAUAUUUAGUCCGAAUUCAUUGUAAAUAGAUAUAAAUACUAGUACGCGUAAUGGCGAUAUUUUCUAUGGCCGUUCCUAGUUUGAUUUAUAGAGAAGUUUUAAUUAUUAAACGGGCAUGGAAGAUUAA